CCCCUGCCAAGCUAAAAUAACUACGAAAUAACUCCUUCAGCUCAAGCGUUCAACGUACAAUCGUUCUCUGUAGUACCAAUUAAUGGGUGACAGGACAUCCAUUGAAGCCCCCUCCUCAAGUACUUGGAAGUACCGAGUGUUUUUGGGCUUUAGAGGUGAAGACACACGCAAGGGCUUCACAGGCCACCUCCACGCCGCAUUAUCUGAUGCCGGAAUCCGAGACUUUCUUCACGACAACGAGCUAGAAAGAGCGAAAUUUAUAAAAAAACCAACUGGAGCAGGCAAUCCACGGGUCCAUGAUCUCCAUAAUCGUCUUCUCAAAGCGGUAUGCCGAUUCCAGUUGGUGUCUUGAUGAGCUGGUGAAGAUCAUGGAGUGUAGAGAGAGAUUGGGGCAAAAGGUUAUUCCAUUGUUCUAUAAUGUUGAUCCUUCAGAUGUCCGGAAACAGACUGGUAGUUUUGCACAAGCAUUUGAGAAACAUGAAGCGGGCAUCUGUGAAGGUAAACAUGAGAAAGAAAAGGUACAGCGGUGGAGAAAUGCUCUCAAUCAAGCUGCAGAUUUGUGUGGGGAAGAUCUUAAAAAUGCUGACAGUGGGCAUGAAGCAAAGUUUAUCAAGAAAAUUCUUGGGGAGGUUAAUAAGCAGUUGCACAACAAAUACCAAUUAGACAUCGAACACCUUGUUGGAAUUACUUCUCGGCUGAACGAUGUUGUUCGCAUGAUUGAUAUUGAAAAUUCAGGUUCUAAGGAUGUUGUUCGCAUGAUUGGUAUUUUGGGGAUGGGCGGCAUUGGAAAAACAACGCUUGCCAAAACCAUUUAUAACAAAUUUGAACGUAUCUUUGAGGGUAGGAGUUUCCUUGCAAACGUGAGGGAAGUAAUUGCACACCAACCCAUUAAUGGUCUGGUUGGUUUGCAAGAACAACUUCUAAAUGAUAUCUUGAAAAACGAGGGCAUAAAGGUUGGCUCUGUUGCUAAAGGGACCGAGAUGAUAAAAAAAAGACUUCCUUGUAAAAGAGCACUUGUCAUAAUUGACGAUGUAGAUGAUCUACAGCAACUAGAAGAAAUAGCUAGAGCUCGUGAUUGGUUUGGUCCUGGGAGUAGAAUUAUUAUAACAACAAGAAAUAAACAUUUGCUAGUCCAAGUUGGAGUGGACAGCACAUAUGUGGCUGAAGAAAUGGAUGAGGAAGAAGCUCUAGAGCUCUUUAGUUGGCAUGCCUUCAAAAGAGGUUAUCCUGAUCAAGAAUACCUUGACCUCUCAAAACGUGUAAUUCGUUACUGUCAAGGCUUGCCACUAGCACUUCGAGUUGUAGGGUCUUUUUUGAUUAAAAGAACCGCAUUAGAAUGGGAAAGCCAAUUGGAGAGAUUGGAAAGAAGUCCUCAUGAAGCAAUUACAAAAAUACUGAGAAUAAGCUUUGACGGGCUACCUGACCGUAUAGACAGAAGUACAUUCCUUGAUAUAUCUUGUUUCUUUAUUGGAAUGGACAAGGAAUAUGUCACACAAAUAUUAGAUGGAUGUGGCUUUUCUGCAACGCUAGGAAUCCCUAUCCUCAUUGAACGGUGCCUUGUAACUGUUAGUGAGCAAAACAAGCUGAUGAUGCAUGAUUUGCUUCGAGACAUGGGAAGAGAGAUCGUUUAUGAAAAUGCCGACGGUCACCCUGAAAAUUUUAGUAGAUUGUGGAAACGUGAAGAUGUAACAGAUAUAUUGAGCGAUAAAUCUGGAACUAAAAAAAUUGGAGGAGUUGCUCUAGAUUCGGAUCUAGAUAUGACUAGAUUCAGUGCACAAGCAUUUACCAACAUGAAAAAACUGAGGUUACUCCACCUCAGCAGAGUAGAGCUCACUGGAGAGUUCAAAGAUUUUCCCAAAAAUUUAAUGUGGUUGAGCUGGCAUUAUUUUCCUUUAGAGUCCAUGCCAGAUGACUUUCCUAUGCAACCAAAACUAGUUGUUCUAGACCUGCAGUAUAACUCACUCAAAAUACUUUGGAAGGAUUGCAAGGUAUAA